UCCCUGCAUGAUUUAUUGUCUCCUCGAGGACUCGUUCCCGCUCCCCCGACUCGUUCCCCCUUUCCCAUCUUUUCGUAUGCAUAUAUAUCGUCUUCCGUAUCUCCUCCCUCACAGAAUCUCCCGCGCAAAUACACCCAUUACCUAGAGACUAUCGACAGCUGUACUCGAUAUUCGUGAAGAUAGUUAACUAGUUACCAACACCUGCCGCUGAGUCACACGGACCACACUCCUCCACCAAGCUGCAUCCUGGUCGCUAUCUCCGCACCCCACACCUCUCUUGUUCAACUCCCGAGCACCAUGAUGGCUCCGGUCGGUCCAGUGCAGAUGGGGUUACGCAGGGACGAAGACCACGAAAAUAUCCACGAUGACCCAAUUGACGAAGAUGAGGAGCAGGACGAGGAGAUUUCCGAAAUGGAUCCCUCCUUAAGGGCAUACCUGGAGCACCAACGGAUGGUGGAUGGAUUUUUGGCCCCGAUAUUCCUGGACGAAGCUGUGCUGUACAAACUAGCCCGUCGAUUUUCAGACGUGUACCGGGCCCUGGCUUUGCAUUCAGAUCAACAAUUCUUACCAACCCCGGUUUCCAAACUCCCCAGUGGCAUGGAGACCGGUAGAUAUUUAGCUAUCGAUGUCGGUGGCAGCAAUCUGCGGGUUGCCUUUAUUGAGCUACUAGGGGAUACUGCGGAUCCGGACAUAUCCUCUACAAACGUGUCAGAGCGACCACUUCGCAAAGCGCAAACGCAGCGAGUGAAACGCACACUCGAAAGGGCGUGGCCCAUUCAAGAACACCUGAAGAUGGACAAGGCUGAGGAUCUGUUUGCCUGGAUUGGGGACUGUAUCGCAGAGGUAGUGGCCGAAAGUCUGAGCUCGGACACUACGAAAGGUACAAUCCCAGAGGAGCUUGAAAUGGGAAUUACUUUCAGUUUUCCAAUAAUGCAAGAAUCUCUGUCAGAAGCUACCCUUAUGCCAAUGGGUAAAGGAUUCGCCAUCACGUCAGAUCUCAACCUGCGAAAGAUGUUGCUAAGCGGAUACGAAAAGCAUACCAGACGUCCUGACGAUGAAAGCGAGCCCUCGUGCAAGCGCCGGAAGCUUUUUGCUCUACCUAAGCUCAAGAUUGCCGCUAUUACAAACGAUGCUGUUGCGACGCUUGCUUCGCUUGCCUACGCCGUGAAAUCGCUGCCCAAUAGCCGUGUUGCCAUGGGUAUCAUUGUUGGCACUGGUUGCAAUGCUACAAUCCCCAUGAAGCUUAGCGCUCUACAUGAAGCAAAGGUGAAACAUGUAAAGUUGAGCAACCCGGGCACUUCCGAAAUCAUCGUGAACACAGAGUGGACAAUUUCCGGGGCCGCGCCACCUCUCAAAGAGCUAGACAUUAUCACCAAGUGGGACGCUCAGCUAGACGCCGCCUGUGCACAGCCUGGCUUCCAACCGUUUGAGUACAUGACUGGAGGUAGAUACAUUGGUGAACUCAUCAGACUCAUUCUUUUCGACUACAUAGUGAAUGUUGCUGGUGUACCUCCCGCUGAGUUACCCGCCAAUGUCACCCGAGAAUAUGCUCUGACAACGUCCUAUGUUUCGGACAACGUUGCUCGUGCUCGUGCAGAUGAGGAACUGGCAACUAAACUAAAUCAAUCGUUAGCUCCGCCCGAAAGUAGUAUGUGGCGGUGGGAUGCUACCUCUGCAGGCGUCUUCCGGAAAAUCGCCAGGUGUGUACAACGGCGAUCUGCCGGCUUGAUAGCUGCGGCCGUUGUUGGACUUCUGGCAUGCGCUGGCGAAAUUGAGUUGAAAUUGGAUAGCCACGAGGGAUCGCCAAUCCACUCAUCUGCCGCCUCACCGGAACCCAACGGCGUUAGCUUGUUCCCUCAGUUGAAUGAUGGCGCCUUUUUCAACUCAAACGGAGUGAAUGGAGGACGAGGACCGAUCGUGCCUGUUAUUUCUCCUUCGCCCACUCCCGCAGAUUGGCAAUCUGGCCCCGAGGAGCUCGUCGUCGCCUGCACUGGUGGGAUUAUCCAGUAUUAUCCCAAUUUCAAAGAGAUGUGCCAGCAGUUCAUUGACCGACUUAUCAUGCGAACCGGGCCGCAAAAGAGCGGAAAGUCGGUCUUCCUGCGCGAGGCGUCAGACGGCGGUGUCAUUGGCGCUGGUGUCCUAGCAGGGAUGGUUGGCAACCACUAGUUCUCUUUCGACCUCCCCUUCAUCAUCCACCUUUUUGACGCGAAAUGAUUUUGAUUUAGCGAGAUGUUCCUGUGUAAAUGCGCCACGAUUUAUUGGAGUUUAUGAUUGCCCAUCUUCUAAGGAAUAGAGAGGGCCUCUUUUUAAGGCGUUUUGGAGAGGCUCUCCACCUGCCGACAGCUUUCUUCAAAAACCUUUUCUUCUUUUUCUUUUUUUUUUUUUCUUAUUACCUCGGUGGCUCUUAUAUAUAGGUGGCAUUAUCCAAUUUUGGUAAAUAAAUAGUAAAUCCAUUUCAGUAUUUCACCCUUGAAUCUUCAAGCGGCUUA